AUGUCUGACGACAAGGGCGGCGAAGCGAGGCAUCACUCUUACUACCAAUGGGUACCGUUCGUGUUCGCCCUGCAGGCGCUCACCUUCUACAUGCCGUUCACAGUGUGGAAGCACAUGAGCGCUCGCAUGGGACGCGUCAACCAGGGCCUGGUCAAGGCAUUCUUCGUUGUCGAGUUCGCCUGCCUCCUGAACGUCAUCGGCAACAUCUUCCUGCUGGACGCCUUCCUCGGCGUCGACUUCGGCAGCGCGGACACCGUGUUCCCGCCGGUCGCCAAGUGUACCUUCCUCAAGUACGGCUACUCAGGUACCAUCGAGCGCAUCGACGCCGUCUGCGUGCUGCCGCACAACGUUUUCAACGAAAAAGCGGCCGUCAGCCACAAGGAGCUGCUGCUGCCGGUGCUCACCGCGCCCGGCAUGUCCAGACGCGCCUCGCAGUGGUCGGAGGGGCACCGCCGCUCCACCGACCACCCCAAGGUCACCCCCUGA